CCCGUCAAAGCAGGGCUCUCUAAUAAUGGGGAAGCCGCUCCGCGCCUGCUUCUGGGUAGAGCACUGGGCAUGCUUUAGAGCUCAUUGCUCCCACUGCAGUCCCGUGAGGUAGGUGUGGUCAUUACUCCACUGAAUAGAUGGGGAAACCGAGGCUGGACGGAGCCAGGUCUGUCCCUCUCCACUAUCCCCACAGCACAGAGCUUAGGGGAUUAAGAGGGAGUUUAUAUGCAAAUUGCCCGGCACAUUCCCUAAUGUUUUCUUUCUUCCUCACUCCCUCCCUUCCUUCAGAUCUGGGGCUGGGACCCCAAAAACCUGGGUGCAGGGCUCCGGGUCCCCUGAGGCCUGCGGAGACCAUGAUGGACCUCGGCCGCAGCGGCUUCUGAGCUCAUGGAGCCCUCGGCCACCCCGGGGGCCCAGAUGGGGGGCCCCGCUGGCAGCAGGGAACCGUCCCCGGUGCCUCCUGACUAUGAAGAUGAGUUUCUCAGCUAUUUGUGGCGUGAUUACCUGUUCCCGAAGCAGUACGAGUGGGUGCUCAUCGCCGCCUACGUGGUUGUGUUCCUCGUGGCCCUGGUGGGCAACACGCUGGUCUGCCUGGCCGUGUGGCGCAACCACCACAUGAGGACCGUCACCAACUACUUCAUCGUCAACCUGUCCCUGGCAGACGUGCUGGUGACGGCCAUCUGCCUGCCAGCCAGCCUGCUGGUGGACAUCACCGAGUCCUGGCUCUUCGGCCAUGCCCUCUGCAAGGUCAUCCCUUACCUACAGGCCGUGUCUGUGUCAGUGGCGGUGCUAACCCUCAGCUUCAUCGCCCUGGACCGCUGGUAUGCCAUCUGCCACCCGCUGUUGUUCAAGAGCACGGCCCGGCGUGCCCGUGGCUCCAUCCUGGGCAUCUGGGCUGUGUCGCUGGCUGUCAUGGUGCCCCAGGCUGCCGUCAUGGAAUGCAGCAGCGUGCUGCCCGAGCUUGCCAACCGCACCCGGCUCUUCUCUGUCUGCGAUGAACGCUGGGCAGAUGACCUCUAUGCCAAGAUCUACCACAGUUGCUUCUUCAUUGUCACCUACCUGGCCCCACUGGGCCUCAUGGCCAUGGCGUAUUUCCAGAUCUUCCGCAAGCUCUGGGGUCGCCAGAUCCCGGGCACCACGUCGGCCCUGGUGAGGAACUGGAAGCGGCCCUCAGACCAGCCGGAGGAGCAGGGCCAGGGCCUGGGCGCAGAGCCCCCGCCGCGGGCCCGGGCCUUCCUGGCUGAGGUGAAGCAGAUGCGCGCUCGGAGGAAGACAGCCAAGAUGCUGAUGGUGGUGCUGCUGGUCUUUGCCCUCUGCUACCUGCCCAUCAGCGUCCUCAAUGUCCUGAAGAGGGUGUUCGGGAUGUUCCACCAAGCCAGCGACCGAGAAGCCGUCUAUGCCUGCUUCACCUUCUCCCACUGGCUGGUGUACGCCAACAGCGCGGCCAACCCCAUCAUCUACAACUUCCUCAGUGGCAAAUUCCGGGAGCAGUUCAAAGCCGCCUUCUCCUGCUGCCUGCCCCGCCUGGGUCCCUGCGGCUCUCUGAGGACCCCCAGCCCCCGCUCCUCUGCCAGGCACAAGUCCUUGUCCUUGCAGAGCCGCUGUUCCGUCUCCAAAGUCUCAGAGCACGUGGUGGUCACCAGCGUCACCACGGUGCUGCCCUGAGCGAGGCUGCCCUGUGGCUCCAGGGGG